AUGGAUCUGUUGUCCAUCAAGGGCAACACUGAUAAGUUGUCUGGUUCCCUGCUUAAAUCAGGCCUUUCGAAGGCGAAGAUACAGAAUCAUCAUUCAGGACAUUUGGAGGUCAGUGAAAAGCCCUACACUGAGAAGGAUUCUGUAUUUGUUUCCAUUUGGGGGAGUAAUAGCGCGGCGCAAGGGCUGAUGAAGUCUCUGCAUCCUUUAGAACCGUGUUCAAAAGCUGUUGAUAUUGCCAAGACUUCUAUUCAGAAAAAGAAUAUUGACGCUAUUAGCGCUUCUACGGGUACCAAAGAUAGUUCUUUUCAUCACAUUGUGGGGAUUACUCCUUUGGAACGCAUUGCGUUAUCUUCUAAAAGACAAGAGUCAUCUCAAAUUCCGCCAAGCUUGAUUAUGCGUAUUGAGGGAAGUGACAUUCGUGCGCCACAGAAGGACUUGCGGCACGAAACUGGCCGUUGA